AUGGCUAAACGCAUCAAGAAGGUCAGGAUCGUCGGGAAAUACGGGACCUGCUGUGGUGCCUCCCUCUGGAAAACGGUGAAGAAAAUUGAAAUCAGCCAGCACGCCAAGUACACCUGCUCCUUCUGUGGCAAGACCAAGAUGAAGAGACGAGCCGUUGGCAUCUGGCACUGUGGUUCCUGCGUGAAAACAGUGGCUGGUGAGGCCUGGACCUACAUGACUUCUGCCGUCAGAGUGAAGUCUGCCAUCAGAAGACUGAAGGAGCUGAAAGACCAAUAG